CGUUCACAUUUCGGUGCAUGCGUGGUGAUGAUGUCGACUUCUCUAGCUUUUGUACAUCUUUCCGUUGUCAUCUCGUCAUUCAUCUCCCAUCCACGCCAGUGACUUGACACUCAGAAGAGCCAAGCUGUGAAGGAGCGCGGUACCAUGACUUCGCUCGCCAACGACCUCGAACAAGGUUGGGUCAGGAUCAACUCCAUAGACGGUUACUCGUUCGUCAUCCCCAAGACGAUCGCUUUCGGUAGCGGAGUAAUCAAAUCAUCACUCGAUGAAUCAGCCAACUUUGCCGAAGUAGCCACCCAGACGAUCAAGCUCGACUACCGCGGGAUCAUCGUCGGCAAGAUCGUCGAAUACCUGCACUUCAAGCACGCUUACAAGGACACGGCGCAAAAGGAGAUUCAGGAGGAUUUCAGCGAGAGGAUAGAGCCCGAGUUGGCGCUCGAGCUCUUGAUGGCAGCCGACUUUAUCGAAGCCUGAUUUCUUUGCUCUGCCCCAGCUCUGCAUGUAUGAGCCUGACGACCCCCUUUAACGACCGACCGAUUGAACUUCGACAUGUAUGCCAUACAAUUCACACCACCAUACUAUAGUGGCUGCAUACG